AUGGGAGACGAAACGAAGAACCAGGACUGGGUGCAGGACAAUUUGCAGCGACAGCGCAAGCUCCUCGAAGAGAAACAACGACAAAAACGGCUUGCAUCCUCUGGAAUUCGAACGAGCAAUUUGCCGAGUUCGAUCGCUCGGCCGGUUACCGCUUCUAUGAGAGGCAUCGUCGGCGAACCUGUCAGUGUCGGGUAUGAUGGACCACUUUCAUACAAGUCAGUUUUAACUAUUGAUUUGUGUCCCGAUCCCGACACGGUGGGCCCGACUUUUAUCACAGUUCGCGGGAUGACGCCGCCACCAGAGCGGGGGGCGGCUGCGACUAAUGGAAAACCCAUCCAAGAAGAGCCCCCCACCCACCAGCUCAACCAGAUGCACCUCCGAAAUAUGCCCCGGCCCAGCGCUCCGAUCCCCGGGAAACCGGACAGCGUCUAUGGUCGCAUGCCACAGUCAGUGUCCACCAAUUCGAUGGGAAAUAAGAGCGAUGAGGAAGCUGUUGGGGUGGAGCCGUGGAGGGAGAAAGAAGAGCUCGAAGAACACGUCCUGCCCUCCAACGAGCAACCGAACUAUGAGGAGAUUGCCAACGACCUGGACAAGUUCGCGCUCCGACCCGCACUCCGCAACACCACCUACAAGUGCUCAAUCACCAGGGAUAAGAAGGGAAUGGACAGAGGCAUGUACCCUACGUACUACCUGCACCUGGAGAAAGAGGACAAGAAGAAGAUCUUUCUGCUUGCGGCUCGAAAACGAAAAAAGAGCACCACUGCCAAUUAUUUGAUUUCGACCGAUCCGACGGAUUUGAGCCGGGAAGGCGAUGCUUUUAUUGGGAAGGUUCGCUCGAACGCGCUGGGAACGAUGUUCACCCUCUACGACAAUGGCAAGAACCCGAAAAAGGGUCAAGCAACUGAGACCGUGCGUGAGGAGCUGGCUAUGGUUAUUUAU